AUGAAGUGCACCCUUCCCCUUGCCAUCGCCCUCCUCGGCGUCCAGGCCACAAGCGUCCUUUCCGCGGCUGCACCAAUCACCUCCGCAUCAUGCGGCGACCUCGGCGUGAUGAGCAUCCCCAAAGACCCAAACACCGAUCCCACAACCUACCGCCAAUGCGCCGAACACCCGCUCCGCCGGCGCCCAAACCCCCGCUCCUCCUCCGUGGACGCCGAGUCCGCGGUUCGAAUUGCGUCCAUGAAGGCGUCAUUGACUCUCGCUAACGACGCCAACGGCAGCGAAAACCAGAAAUGCUACUACGCCGCGCCGUACGGGUGUGACAGCAACUAUUGCUGGAAGGCGUGCGGGAAGGAAGGGAAGGGGGAAUGGUGCUGGGUUGCGCAGAAGGACGGGAAUGGGCCCUGGACUGGAUGCCGGAGUUGGGAGGAUUGUAAGCCUAGUGAGACGAAGGGGCAUGGGUGUGGGAAGGGGUGCGUUGGGGCCUGUGGGUGUGGUUGUUGA